AUGUCAGGCACUGAUGUUGGAUCGUCUCCAUUCCAGCACAUCUCAAAGGGUUUUGAUGUGGUUAAGAUCAGGGCUCUGUGUGGCCAUUAUGUAGUAAGUGGAGACUUGCUCAUUGAUUUUGUUCUCUCAAAUACAUUGAACUCCAAUUUCUCUGCUUGUUCCAUCCAGACUGUCCAAAAGAUGUUGAAAUCCAAUAAACAAUUCUGUAGCAAACUUGGAAAGUACCGCAUGCCUUUUGCCUGGUCUGUAAGGUCAGUAUUUAAGGACAACCAGGGCACAGUGGACAGGGAAAGUCGCUUCUCUCCGCUCUUCAAACAGGAGAGCAACAAGAUUUCCACAGAAGACCUCAUGAAGCUCAUCACAGAGUACAGGAGGGCAGAGAAGGCCAGCAAACUCCAGAUCAUCCCGGGAAACCUUGAAAUAAACGUGGACUGUGUUCCCAUGGAAUGUCCCAACUGUGUGACGUCCUCGUAUGUGGCUCUCAGGCCGUUCGAGGACUGCGGUCUUCACGCUCCGACGGUGGAGGUGGAUGAGUUCCUGCAGGACUCUUCUAAGUUUGCCCAGCCUUACAGAGUCUACAAGAAUCACAUCUACAUCUACCCCAAACACCUCAAGUAUGACAGCCAGAAGAGCUUCGCAAAGGCUCGAAACAUCGCCGUUUACGUGGAGUUCAGAAGCUCUGAUGAAGAACAUGCCAAGCCACUUAAGUGCAUCUACGGAAAGCCAGGAGGUCCAGUUUUUACCACGACUGCCUGUUCCACAGUUCUGCAUCACUCACAGAACCCAGACUUUUGUGAUGAGGUGAAGAUUGAGCUGCCCACACAUCUUCAUGAGAAACACCAUUUACUCUUCUCCUUCUAUCAUGUGACCUGUGACAUCAAUGCCAAGACCAGCUCUAAGAAGAAAGAGGCUCUUGAGACUCCAGUGGGCUAUGCAUGGCUGCCUCUUCUGAAGGAUGGACGUGUUUCCUCUCAGGAUUUCAGUAUUCCAGUCUCGUGCACUUUGCCUGGUGGAUAUCUACACAUUAAAGAGCCCUCAUCCACCAAAAAUGGCUCGGAUGUGAAGUGGGUCGAUGGGGGGAAGCCGAUCUUCAAAGUGUCCACUUUGGUGCUUUCUACAGUUUAUACUCAGGACCCCCAUCUAAACCGCUUCUUCCAGCAGUGCCAAAAACGAGAGGCAGACCUCUCUCAAGCUCCUACCUCAAACUUCCUCAACUGCCUUAAAGGCCUCUUGAGUAUGGAGAGGAUUCAUGUCAUAAUUCGCUUCCUUCCUGUUAUCUUCAACCAGCUCUUUAAAGUGCUCACUCAAAACGACACUGACGAAGUGUCCACCAGCACCACCAGGGUCCUGGUCCACAUCUUAGCUAAGUGCCACGAGGAGAACCUGGGCCACUAUUUGCACUCUUACAUAAAGUUUGUCUUUAAGACUGAAGCGUGUGGCUUCAGAACGGUUCACGAAGAGUUGGCCAAGGGCAUGACCUCUGACCUGAAGAGCAACGACCAGUCGAUCAUACGCAAUAUCCUCAAGUUCUCGUGGUUCCUUCUCGAGAUCAUAGUGCAGUCGAUGGCGCAGCAUCUGCUGGACUCAAAUAAGCUUAAGCUUCCUCGACCGCAGCGAUUUCCUGGCACUUUCCAGAGUCGAUUGGAGACCCUGAUCAUGACGAUGUCCGAUCACAUCUUCUGGAAGAAUAAAGAGCUGGCAGAGGAGACACGCAGCGCUAAUAUGGCCAUAGCGGCCUUUGUGAAGCGGUGCUUCACAUUCAUGGACAGAGGUUUCACCUUCAAACUGAUCAGUAACUACAUAAACAUGAUCACAGCCAGUGACAAUAAGAUGCUGUGUGAGCUGAAGUUUGAGUUCAUAAGGGAAGUAUGUAACUAUGAGCACUAUGUCCCUCUGAGUCUUCCCAUCCCAUCUGCACGAAUCACAGACAAGGCAUCACCGGAAACCCAAAGUGCUCAGGUGGACUUUCCAGAGUAUAUUUUGACGGAAGAGUUCUGCAGGAAACAUUUUCUCACAGGAUUGUUGUUGAGAGAGCUGGGGCUCGCUUUGCAAGACGAGCAAGACCUGAGACACCUCGCCCUGGCCUGCCUGAAGAACCUCAUGGCUAAACAUUCACUGGACUCCCGUUAUGCCAUAAAGGAGAAACAGGCACGGAUAGCCUCUCUGUAUCUGCCACUUUAUGGUCUGAUCCUUGACAACAUGCCUCGCUUUUUCCUCAGAGAUCUGUUUCCAAUCUGCCUGACGGCCAGUGACCAGGGUUCCAGAGAUGAUCUCAGUGUCGGAGUAGGUUUAGCAGGUCAGGUGACCCAUGUUUUACGCCAUGGGAACUCGAUGGAUGCGUCCUUAACCAAGGAAGUGCUCAACUCCAUUACAGCCUUUUCUUCAUUGGCCGUAUCAACAGCUAACAAUGCAGACUCCAGAGGCUCUCUCAUCAGCAUCGAGUCGAACCCUAGCACCAGUGACCGCAAUAGUGAGAAGAUGGAUGGAUGUGAAAAGUUUGCCAGGCCGCAGUCUCUCAUUGGGUUUGGUGCACGCUUUGACAAACUGGAUCAAGCGGAGACCAGAAGUCUGCUCAUAUGUUUCCUGCACAUCAUGAACACCAUUUCAGAGGAGGUGCUGGUUUCAUACUGGCAUCGAGCGAUCCACCAGGAGAUCAGCGAUUUCUUCAAUAUUCUGGAACUCUGUCUCCAACACUUCCGGUUCCUUGGAAAGCGUCACAUUGCCAGGAAGCUAGCGGCCGCUGUUAAGCUGGCUCAGGCCACACAGAACAAUGGCACCCUGAAGGGGUCUAACGUGUCCUGCCAGUCUUCAGGGCUCCUACCCCAAUGGAUGCUCUCUGCUCAGGACGGGCACAGACAUGCCCGCUCACAGACCAUGCCCAUCAUCAGGGGGAAGAAUGCCCUUACCAACCCCAAACUGCUGCACAUGAUGGAGACCACGGAUGGAAAUGUGUCUGAAGGAGAAAGCGUCAGCCCUACAGAUAUUGAAGCCAAUCUUUCUACUGAAGUAGCACUGACUGUGUUAGAUGUUCUGGAUCUGUUUGUUCAUCAUCACAAGAAACGGUUGCAGCACGAUGACGGGCAAAACUCUCUGAUGAAAAAAGUGUUUGACACGUACCUGCUGUUCUUCCAGAUCAACCAGUCCACCAGCACCCUCAAACACGUCUUCACCGCCCUGCGCCUCUUCAUUCACAAGUUCCCGUCCACAGUUUUCCAGGGUACAGCGGAUCUGUGUGGCAGUCUGUGUUAUGAGAUCCUGAAGUGCUGUAACCAUCGCUCCAGCUCCACUCAGACCGAAGCCGCCGCGCUGCUCUACUUCCUCAUGAGGAGGAACUUUGAGUUUACGAAGGGCAAAUGCAUCGUCCGCUCACACCUGCAGGUGAUUAAAUCUGUCAGUCAGCUGAUCGCUGAUGCAGGUAUCGGUGGUUCACGCUUCCAGCAGUCUCUGGCCAUCAUCAACAACUUCGCCAAUGGAGACACGCCACUCAAAAACACCACGUUCCCGGCUGAGGUGAAGGACCUGACCAAGAGGAUACGCACCGUCCUGAUGGCCACCUCCCAAAUGAAAGAGCAUGAAAAGGACCCGGAGAUGUUGGUGGACCUGCAGUACAGUCUCGCCAACUCCUACGCCAGCACACCUGAGCUCAGACGCACCUGGCUAGAGAGCAUGGCCAAGAUCCACGUUAGAAACGGAGACCUGUCUGAGGCGGCCAUGUGCUAUAUCCACAUCUCAGCACUUAUAGCAGAGUCUCUGAGGAGGAGAGGUUACUGGAAGUCUGAGAAGGGUCGGAUCUCAAGUGUGAGCAAAGAGGGAGCCUGUGUAAUUAACUCUAGCCCCUUACUAACUCCCCACGAUGGAGAAACUUCAUUCAGUAUGGGCUGGGCCGCCUUCAUGAACAUCUCUCCUAAUGUGAAAGAAGAGGGAGCGAUGAAGGAGGACGCCGGCACUCAGGACACUCCGUACACGGAGGACACACUGGUGGAGCAGCUGGAGAUGUGUGUGGAUUCCCUCUGGAAGUCUGAGAGAUACGAGCUCAUCGCAGAGAUCAACAAACCUGUUAUAGCCGUCUUCGAGAAGAGACGAGAUUUCAAGCGGUUAUCAGAGCUGUACUACGACAUUCACCGCUCGUACCUGAAGGUGACAGAGGUGGUGCACUCUGAGAAACGCCUGUUUGGACGCUACUAUCGUGUGGCUUUCUAUGGACAGGCAGUGGGCUUCUUUGAGGAAGAGGAGAGUAAGGAGUUUAUCUAUAAAGAGCCGAAGCUCACAGGACUGUCAGAGAUUUCUCAAAGACUCCUCAAACUCUACUCAGACAAGUUUGGAGCUGACAACGUCAAGAUGAUCCAAGACUCCAACAAGGUGAAUCCUAAAGACCUGGACCCCAGAUUUGCUUACAUCCAGGUGACCUACGUAGUGCCUUAUUUUAAUGAGAAGGAACAAAUAAAUAUUGGAUGUCACAGACCCAUUAACUCCCAUCUCUGCUGCCUGUGUUGUUCUGCAGCGAGCUCCGGUUUUCCCUUCUUGAAGAAGCGUGUCGAGGUGGUGGAGCAGCAGAGCACAGAGAUGAACCCCAUCGAGGUGGCGAUCGACGAGAUGAGCUGCAAAGUGUCUGAGCUCAAUCAGCUGUGCGGCAUGGAGGAGGUGGACAUGAUCCGGCUGCAGCUCAAACUACAGGGCAGCGUCAGCGUGAAGGUAAAUGCUGGGCCCAUGGCCUACGCCCGAGCCUUCCUCGAGGAGAAGAACGCCAAGAAAUACCCAGACAACCAAGUCAAACUCCUGAAAGAGAUCUUCAGGCAGUUUGCAGACGCGUGUGGUCAGGCCUUGAAGGUGAAUGAGCGUCUCAUAAAAGAAGAUCAGCUGGAGUAUCAGGAGGAGAUGAAAGCUCACUAUAAAGACAUGCUGACCGAGCUCUCCGCCAUCAUGAACGAGCAGAUCCCGUACACGAGACAACCCGGAACAGAACGACACAGUGCCAUCUGAGCUGCUAGUGAGUUUGGGAAACAUUGCUGUCUAACAUGGCUUGUGGGUUUUUCUGACCAGAGGGACUAAAAAACUUUGAUUUUAACGAAAUAGAAAUGGACAAAAAGGAAAAGAAUUAUAGUCUUGUGGACGAAGCAGAAUGCCGUGUCUUUGCCUGUGUAACACACACACACACUCUCACACACACACACUCUCACACACACACACUCACACACACACAC